AGCGUGACAUGUGUCGAAUAGAAAGAGAGCGUCGCGCGCGUUUCCAGCUGAGCGCGUACUCUCUCCCGGCGCGUGUGCGUGUGUAUGUUGUUACUAUUACCGAGCUCUCCGCCGCGCGCAGAAUGGCUAGAUUCACCCAGACUGAAGCGAGGAGGCAGCAGCAUCCUCAGCAGCAUCCUCAGCCUGCCCACGCCAGCCUGCUCCUCUCUGGACCGGGGGCGGUACCGAGCCAGGCAGCGGCACCACUGCUCCUGAUCCCGCACCAGCCCCAGUACGCGCACAUCACCUUCCCUAAGCCCAUGAACGGCUCAGAGCCCAUCUCCAUCAACCCCGACAACGGCACCAUGAAAGACCAGGAUGCCAUCAAGCUGUUUAUAGGACAGAUCCCGCGCAACCUGGAGGAGAAGGACCUCAAACCUCUUUUCGAACAGUUUGGAAAGAUCCACGAACUGACUGUCCUCAAGGACCGUUACACAGGCAUGCACAAAGGCUGCGCGUUCCUCACCUACUGCGCUCGUGAAUCAGCCAUCAAAGCCCAGAAUGCAUUGCAUGAACAGAAGACUCUACCAGGGAUGACACGGCCUAUUCAGGUGAAGCCAGCUGACAGCGAGAGUCGAGGAGAGGACAGGAAGCUGUUUGUGGGCAUGUUGAAUAAGCAGCAGACAGAAGAGGAUGUGUACCGUCUGUUCGAGCCCUACGGAGUGAUUGAAGAGUGCACCGUAUUACGAGGCCCUGAUGGAAACAGUAAAGGUUGUGCCUUUGUAAAGUUUUCAACACACACUGAGGCUCAGUCUGCCAUCGGUGGGCUGCACGGGAGUCAGACCAUGCCUGGAGCUUCGUCGAGUUUGGUGGUAAAGUUUGCUGACACUGAUAAAGAGAGGACCAUACGCCGCAUGCAACAGAUGGUCGGCCAGUUUGGCAUCUUUAACCCCACCGUGGCCCUGCCGUUCAGCACCUACAGCAGCACCUACAGCACUUACACACACGCGCUGAUGCAGCAGCAGGCGGCGAUUAUGGCAGCUUCUCAAGGCGGUUAUUUAGCUCCCAGUGUGGCGUAUCCAGCGACACAGAUUCACCAGGUGGGGGCGCUCAACAUGAACAGCCUGCCACCCACCCCGAUGACACCUGUUUCAGGUUUGAGCUCUCCACCGGCUAAUUUGGCCUCCUCUGCCAUGCCGAGCAUCGUGACUCCCAUUGUUAAUGGGUUCAGUGGAAUCCAUCACCAAGCCAACGGUCAUCCGGUCGAGGCGGUGUACACCAACGGCCUGCCGCAGUACUCCACCCAGAGCCCCACCGCAGCCGACACGCUCCAGCAGGCCUUCACAGGCGUCCAGCAAUACACAGCCAUAUAUCCUGCCACGACACUGACCCCUAUAGGUCAGACACUGCCACAGCCUGCUCAAAUCAUCCAGCAGCAGCAGCAGCAGCGGGAAGGUCCCGAGGGAUGCAACUUGUUUAUCUAUCACCUGCCACAGGAGUUUGGGGAUAACGAGCUAAUGCAGAUGUUCCUUCCGUUCGGAUCCGUCAUCUCCUCAAAGGUGUUCAUGGACAGAGCCACCAAUCAGAGCAAAUGUUUCGGCUUCGUGAGCUUCGAUAACCCCGCCAGCGCUCAGGCUGCCAUCCAGGCAAUGAACGGCUUUCAGAUCGGCAUGAAACGCUUGAAAGUGCAGCUGAAACGACCAAAAGAUGCCAGUCGUCCAUACUGACCACAAGCAGGGAUGCAUAUGUGUACUCUCAGCCAUUAGGAGAGGUUUUGAACAGUUGUAGUCUUGACGUUUUGACGGAUGGAAACUUUUCUUGAAAAACUAACACA